AUGGCUGCUGCAAAUCCAGGAAUCACAUCUUCACCCCGGGUUCGAAGGCGGGAAGGCAAGCAGAAAGUGUAUUCUUCAGGAGCUUUUCUCAAAGAGCGCGUUCGGCUGUUAACCGAAAGGUUGGUGGUUCGAGCCCACCCAGGGACGGCUCUCUGUCUUUUGCGGGCUUGUCGCCGGUACUUUUGCACAAUUCUUGGAGUUCAGACCUACAGACGACUCGGAGGUGGAUAUCCGGGGGUUGAGGGAAAAGAAACCGCCCAACUCACUUCGCCGCCCACCCUGCGUGCGGCUCUUCAGCUUCCGGGAGCGCUGGCGGCCCCUCCCCCAGCCGUCCCCUGCUGGAGACGGGCAGGUGGGCUCUUCCUGCCCUUCCCCGGGGUCGGAGGGAGGGUCCAGCGCCUUAAAGCCCGCGCCUACUUUCACUUGCGAUCUCCCAGUUCCCAAACUCAGGCCGCUGGGUGCCCAAAGGAGCCCUCGUCCUCCUCGCUCUUUCCUGAAGCUCAGGCCGCACAAGUCCCUUCCCUGCCUCGCCAGGCUCCCGCGGGCUCCGAGCGGACCGGCAGGCUCUGGCGGCGAGCGCCGAGAGCGCGCAGAGCCCGGGCGGGCCCCCUCAGCCGCGCGCGCGCGGCCGCGCCCGGGGCUCGAACCCGCUUCCGCAGCUCCGAGCGGCCCCGGAGGCCCCGGCGGCGGGAGCGCGGCCCGAGCUGCUCUCGUUCUGCUUCAGGACCCCUGAGAUGUCAGAGGUCGCGUGCAUGUGUACAUGUUAAUUAGGGCUCACAUUUAGUGAGUGUUCAGUCCUGGCCAGUCACUGCUCUGAGUGCUUUCAUGGAAGAAAGUGCGAUCCUUACAACAACCCUUCCAGAGUGGCUGUGCUGUUUUGCAUUCCCAUGGCGAUGAAUGAGAAUUGCUGUUUGUAUACAACCCUGUCAGUGUUUGGAUUUUAGACUUUCCAACAGGU